AUGGGAAGUUAUGACGGAGCAGAAGUAUGCGAGCUAGUUGGACUAUUUAUGCUGAACAAUCUAUGCGACAAGUACGGAAAGGACAACGUAGGACUAUACAGAGAUGACGGACUCGCAAUUUUCAAGAACACCACAGCUUCACAGGCAGAAAGAAUAAAGAAGGACAUAACGAAACACUUCAAGAAACACGGAAACUGCAUCAAAAUGGCCGCACGGCUUUUUAACGUGUCGCGUCUUAAUCUAUUAAAAAAGUUCUCGAAAUCAAAUGAGAAACAGCUCAACGAUUUUUACACGUAUUCGUCAGAGCCAUUUCAUCCUCUCCCAAACAAAGUUCCUACGUGGAGAACAGCUGAAGAGGCCACUGCUGUCAUAAAAUCAUAUGACAGGGUAUGGGUACACGGCUCGUCGAUGACACCAACCCCACUUAUAAAUGCUAUGGCGGAACAUGGUAGAAAUUCCGGGCUUAAGAAAGUUGAGGUCAUGCACAUUCUCACGGAGGGACCGAUGGAGAUCACCAAGCCCGAAUUCGAAGGCAUUUUCCGCGUGAACGCGUUAUUCCUCGACAAGAAUACACGGGGCGUCGUGAACGAAGGACGGGCCGACUACGUUCCGAUAUUCCUGUCUGAAAUUCCACUGCUCUUCGAACGAGGCAUCGUGAAUAUCGAUGUCGCACUGAUACAGGUAUCGCCACCUGACGAGCAUGGCUUCUGCACGCUCGGCUCGGCUGUGGAGUGCACUAGGGCAGCCAUCAUCAACGCUAAAUACAUCAUCGGCUUGGUCAACUCAAAGGUGCCAAGAACCUUUGGCCAUAGCGGCAUACAUAUGUCGCACAUUGACGUUAUGGUGGCCGAAGAAAUGGACCUUCCUUCCAAUAAGUUGAAAGAAUUCUCGGACAUUGAAAAGAUGAUUGCCAUGCACAUUGCUGGCAACCUCGUAGCAGAUGGCGCGACUUUGCAAAUGGGCAUCGGCACAAUCCCACAGGCCGUCUGCGAGCAGCUGCGGCAUCACCGCGACCUCGGCAUCCACACGGAGAUGUUCGGCGAUAAGGUCGUCGAUCUGAUGGAGCUUGGCUGCAUCACGAAUGCGCGCAAGUCGUUCGCGCAGGGAAAGAGCGUCGUUAGCUUCGUCGUCGGCAGCAGAAGGGUCUAUGAUUUUCUGGAUAACAACCUCUUCGUCUUAAUGUACGAUGUUCGUACGUGCAACAAUAUCAGAAUCAUAUGCCAGAAUACAAAGAUGACAGCCAUUAAUUCUGCGAUAGAAAUAGAUCUGACAGGCCAGGUGGUGGCUGACUCUAUAGGAACAGAGAUGUACUCAGGAGUUGGUGGUCAAAUUGAUUUCAUACGUGGCGCCGCCCUGGCGCUCGAUGCACUUGGCAAGCCCAUCAUCGCAAUGCCGUCACGUACGAAAGAUGCGAGUCCUAAGAUUGUUCCACAGAUCAAACUCGGCGCCGGCGUCGUGACGACCCGUGCUCACGUGCACUACAUAGUCACCGAGUAUGGCAUCGCACAGCUGUUUGGCAAGAACCUGCGGCAGCGUGCCUACGAGCUCAUCAACAUUGCUCACCCGGACGACCGCGAGAUGCUGGAGCAUGCUGCCUUCAAACGACUCAAGUGUAUGCCCUCUCCGUGAAGGUGCUGUGGGCCAUUAGCGGU